AACUUAGUUAAAGGCCCUACUAAUUUGUAUCUUUAUUUUAAAAGCCUUAAUCAAAUUAUACUAUUUAGACCAAUCAGCGGUGGAAGCAUUCAAAACGCGUACUUGUCCACAUAGGAGGACGAGAAAAUCUCACAUCCGGACUUCACCAUUGAGCUCUAAAAAGUCAAGAUGGAGGUGGGUCUCAGAGUAGUGAGGGGUCCUGAUUGGAAAUGGAGCAACCAAGAUGGAGGAGAGGGGUAUGUUGGCACUGUCGUGGAAGUAGGACGUCCUGGAAGCCAAAAUUCACCAGAUAAAACUGUUGUAGUACACUGGGACUCAGGUGCCCGCACAAAUUAUCGUGUCGGGUACCAAGGAGCUUUUGAUCUUCGUAUUUAUGAUAAUGCACCUACAGGGGUUCGCCAUGCUAACAUCAUCUGCGAUGCUUGUCAGAAGCAAGGUGUUCAAGGCAUGAGAUGGAAAUGUCUAUCCUGCCAUGACUUUGACCUUUGCACCUUGUGUUACAUGGCUGACAAACAUGACAUAACUCACUGCUUUGCUAGAUAUGACACACCUAGCUCUAAAGGAGUAAAAAUGUCAAAAAGGUCUGCCAGUUCCAAAGCCCAGGCAUUUGGGAUAUUUGCUGGGGCAAGAGUCAUUAGGGGACCUGACUGGGACUGGGGAAAUCAGGAUGGUGGAGAAGGUAAAAUAGGAAAAGUUUCUGAUAUUCGAGGUUGGGACUCUGAAUCAGGUCGCAGUGUGGCUCAUGUGACCUGGGCAUCAGGAUCAACAAAUGUGUAUCGGGUUGGUCACAAAGGAAAGGUGGAUUUGAAAUACAUUACUGCCAGCUCAGGGGGAUUCUACUACAAAGAUCAUCUACCUGUUCUUGGAAAAACUCUAGAGCUUUUGGCCCCUCCAGCCCCAUGCAUUUUCAAAAUUGGAGACAAGGUUCGCUGUGAUCUUGAUGUGGAUGUGCUCAAACAAAUGCAGGAAGGGCAUGGGGGCUGGAAUCAGCGGAUGGCAGAGUAUAUAGGAAAAGUUGGUACAGUUCAUCGCAUCACAGAUCGUGGGGACGUCAGGGUGCAGUAUGAAGGGUGUGCAAACCGCUGGACUUUCCAUGCUGAUGCGCUGAAAAAGGUCCAUUUGUUCCAAGAGGGAGAUGUUGUGAGGAUUUCGGAUGAUGAACAGAUGGUCAGAGAUAAACAAAAACAUCAUGGAGAGUGGACAGACAUCAUGCGAUCUACGCUCGGUCAGAGGGGACAGGUACAGAAAGUGUACAGAGAUGGAGAUUUGAGAGUUCAAGUUGACAGUCAUACAUGGACGUUCAACCCCAUCUGUUGCACCCUUUUGAGCACAGGAGGUGGACAUAACCCAGAAAAUACAAUUGCUGGCAGCAACCAAGCAAGAUAGACUACAUCUUUAUUGGAGCAUCUGGAUGAGCUGAGGACAUCACAAGGUCUAGAGACCGGACCUGACCGCCUUGUGAGAGAGGCUGCACAAGGCCAUGUAGAUAUUGUGCGAGACAUUUUAACCAAGUACCCUGAGAAGGUGGAUCAGAAGAGUUCGGGGAAGACGGCACUGCAGGUGGCAUGUCACCAGGGUCACAAGGACAUAGUUAGCCUUUUGCUGUCUGCAGAUGCUAGCUUAGAACUGCAAGAUGAAGAUGGUGAUACUGCCCUUCAUUAUUCUGCUUUUGGGAACCAGCCAGAGGUGCUGCAGCUGCUGCUGUCUAAAGGUGCCAAAAUUAAUGCAUUGAACAACAGUGGCUGCAGCACAUUGCAUGUCGCUGUCAACAAACAGCAUGCAGCCUGUGUCAAGGCACUUCUCAACCAUGGAUGUGAUGUCAACAUUCAGGAUGCUUAUGGUGACACAGCACUGCAUGAUGCCAUAGGCAAAGAGAAUCGGGAGAUAAUUGACAAACUGGUCAGCUAUCAAACAACCGACUUCACCAUACGCAACAAGCGUGGCUUUAACGUGCUGCAUCAUGCAGCUCUGAAAGGCAAUGUCUUUGCUACAGAGCGCAUCCUGCACAAGUGCCGGCAGAUUGUUGACCUCAAGAAGGAUGAUGGUUUCUCAGCCCUCCAUCUGGCAGCACUCAAUGGACAUAAAGAUGUAGCAGUUUCUCUUCUGAGGAGCCAUGCAGAGGUUGACAUUCGUAACAACAGGCAGCAGACACCGCUGCUUCUGGCAGUGUCACAAGGCCAUGUAGCAGUCAUAGAGUUAUUAGUCAAGGAGAAGGCAAAUAUCAAUGUCCAAGAUGAAGAUGGAGAUACAUGUCUGCACCUGGCCCUCAUGAGGCAGUCGGUUGCAACAGAAAAGGACUCAUCCCGUUUGCUGGAUUCAAUACGCAUGCAGCUGCGAAUGGGGGAGGAAGAAGCACAGACUGGUGCUGCUAUUGCUUGCUAUCUGGCCCAGCAAGGUGCCAGCCUUUCAAUCCGCAACAAUGCUGGUAAAGUGCCACUGGAUGUCGUUAAAGACGAGAAGACUGUUGAACUUGUGCAGCAGUUUGCAGCUGCCUAUGCAUCUGGAAACAGAACAGAGCUGCCACCAGAAUCAGAAGCAUCAUAUACUGGAGAAUGUGAGGUCUGCUGUAACUCUCGAGCUAACAUCCUGUUUGAACCCUGUGGUCAUGUCAUUGUCUGUGCUGAGUGCUGCAUCAAGAUGAAGCGUUGCUUGAAGUGCAAGAAGCCUAUCACAUCCAAACUUGCUGAAGAUGGCAGCAUUGUAACAUAUGUAGACACAAGUGAACUGAAACGUAAAGUACAAGAAUUGGAAGAUUCACUUAUGUGUGGGGUUUGCAUGGAGCGGAAAAAAGACAUUGUCUUCAUGUGCGGCCAUGCAGUUUGCAAGAUAUGUGCUGAUGCUUUGACCCAGUGUCCUAUGUGCCGCAAACCCAUCAUUAAACGCAUUCCCUUGUACACCUGAGAUGUCAUCCUUAUACCUGGCACUAACAACUCCAAGCAUCUGUUUCUCAGACCAGCAGCAUCUCAAUGACAGGACUGUGAGAUGGGAAAACAAAUCCCAAGCCAUGCUAAAGCAAGCUUACUGUUCUUGAUAACUCUGUUGUCAUAGUGUUCAGGAGAUAUUUCUGGCACUGUCUUAAACCCUCUCCUGUAAAUUAAACUGCUCUGCACCAUUUGUGCUGCUGCAUAGCUACUGAUAUAUUGAGCCCAUGCUUUCUUGGUUGGAGAUAAUCAAGGAUGUUAACUAAAAGCUGUGUGUUGAGCCUUUUUAGAUGCCUUUGCAGUGUCCAAUAAUUGGACCGAAGAAGAUAUACUGCACAAGCCAUCAGUUUAUUUAAGACUCGUGGAUUUUUUUUUUAAGCAGCACCAGUGUCAUACUUUGAAUUUUAUGUUGGUGAACUGUGGAGAUUAUGCUUUCAGCACAUCUCUCUAUGAGCUAUACUUUUGAAGGCUACCUUAGUGUUAUCUUGUCAAAUCAGCCACAGGUUUACUCACAGUGAUCACUUGUGUACCAGCAUGUGCCACCUACUGGACAGUUUUUCAUGGGCAAGUUGUGAGAUAUGGUCAGUGAUGCUAGAAAGGCAAGAAAUCCUGCAUCCAUAUAUAUAACACAGAUAUUCAGACCCUCUGUGGCUGGCAUUUUUGUGCAUCUCGUAUGAAGCUUCUACAAGAGCUUUCAGCAUCCCCAGCUUGUGUUGCUGGAUGCAUUGCAGAAAAGGUUUUUUUCCUGGAUAGAUUGGCAAAGCAGGACUUUUGCCUCAAAAAACUUUGUGAAGUUUGUAAAGUAAAAUGAAAUGUCAAAAAUCUUUAAUAUUGUGGUAUGAUAGUUACCUUUUCAGUGUAACUGCAUGUACUUUUAACUGCAUUUGCAGGAAAGGAUGCCUUGCUUUGUCAAUAAGUUUUUCUUUUUAAACUGAGAUUCAUGAGUGAUGUUUUUCUCCAGGUAAUUUUUAUAGCACAUCUGUUAUUUUCUAUCAUUUCUGUGCAAAAAAAAAAAUAAUCUAUGGGGCAUUAUUUUGUGAAAUUUUUUUUUUUAAGCUCCAAAAAAAGGACCUAAUACGCAUGCUUCCUUCCCCACUCACUUCGUUUUGAGUUAUUUGAGUGGUGAUUAAGCUGUGUCCUUUAUGUAACAAUGUGAGAAUGAGUGGUUUGCUACUUUAGACUGUAUUGAUAGGAUACUUCUGAAAUAUACUUUGUAAAUAGUUAAGUGAGCACAACUUUUGGGAUGUACAGGGAUGUGAAGUUGGAGGAAGGGAUUAAUUAAUAAGCAAGAUUCAACAUAUUAGCAUAGAAAGCCAAAAUCUUUCCAUCCCAUAUCUUCUUAUGUUUUGGAAAGAAGUAUAGAUAAUAUGUAAGAAAGUUGAUCGGACUUUUUAUCAUCUUUUCUCUUAAUCACAUUUGACAGUUUGCAACUAUGCAUUUAACACAAAUUUUGCCAUAAAGGGUGUGCUUAUAUUAAUCUAAGAAAGCAGUGAUUUAGGCAGAAUAGGUGAACUAAAGGUGCACAGAACCCUGAUAAUAAAACAAAUAAAUUAUCCUGCCAGCUGCCUUCUUUUUUGUUAAGCAGCAAUGACAGUAUACAUUUUAGUGGUGAAAUUAAAAGUAAAAAACUCCCUUGGCUUCAAAAUAUUUUCUUAUAUCCAGUAAUAUGUGAGAGCAUAUUGCUGCCAGACAGGAUCAGAAAUAGUUAAACUGGGAAGAAAAGGUACCGAAUGUGUAUAGCACUUUCUAGUUUUGAUGUUCAAUUUUAACCCUUUAUUUCAGUCAGCACCUGUACAGGGAGAUUCACUUAACAUUAAAAAAAAAAAAAAAAAAACAAGUCAAAAAUCCACAGUCAUUUCUGUGUGGUUUUUCCUUCAUUAGCAAAUACCUCAAAUUUUUGUUAUUGCAAAUCCUGUGAUCUGAUUUUGUUGUCAUUAUGUAUUUUAAAAAUGUAUUAUUUUAAAAAGAAUGAAAUAUCAAAUAAUAAAAUAAGAAAAAAUUAUUAGUUAAAACCAGAAAAUUAAUGACAUUAUACAGUAGGGUAAUUAGAUGACACGUUGCAGCUAUAGAAGGCAAACAUUGUCAGUAGAAUCUACUAGAAGCUUGCCCAAGGUAGCAGAUUAUUCACAUUUUUUUUCUGAUAAAAUAUGCUGUUCACGAAAAAAAAAUGACUAAAAAGUGUCACUACUACAACAGUUUCAGAGUUGGUUGAUGUUGAUUGACAGCAAACAAGAGAAAAAUCCUGUUGUCUUACAUUGUCAAGUUCUGUACUGUCUUGUGACCACAUGCAGAUUCAGUUCAGCUGCUUUGCCUAUGAAGGAAUCUGUUCUGAUGAGGGGUAAAAAGAUUCAAACUUUUCAGGUGUGUUCUACUAGUACUGGACAGUAACUGGAGCAGACAUGCGUUAGUAGUAGCUGAUAGCUCAUCUGAUAUUAGUACAUAGGGACCACAAAAGUGCAUUUAACAGUUUAAAAUUGUGGUCAGAGACUUCAGUGUUACAAAGAGUGGUUUGUGCUUUGAAUUUAUUUAAUGAAGUAAAAUGUUUUUAAUAAAUACCAUCCCAUACAUUAAAACUACAAACCUUCAACCUUAAAAUUUAUCCAUUUUAUUUCUCAAGUCUCACAUUCAAGUUCAGUUGAUCAAAAUGUAGCAAGAGGAGUUUCUUGGUGUCUCUUUUCUUGUGCUAAGGUGAGAUGAGAUCGUGUGAAGGCAAGUGUUGACAUUUGUUAAAUAAGGCUAGUCAAGAGACAUUCUUGCCUACUUGGACAGAAAUGACUAACAGCAUUAAGCUUAUUGCACAUGGAAGUUUUGUUGAUUUUGGACAUAUUGCCCAAUUUCUAAAUAAGUGCUAAGUUUGGGGUCUUCGUAGCUAUGUAGAUGAUGAACUGAUGACGGAACACAAGGUUGCAACUACGAGGUUUUCUCAGGUCAGAGAGUGGAAAGCUCAUCUGUCCACCUAACAGUGAUUGGGUUUCAGAUAAUCGAGAAAGUAAAAGAUGGCAGAAGUGAUGGGUUUUGCUCAGCCUUCCAUCCUAUGCCCUACACCAUGAACUGUUUCUUACAGUGGGGAAUAGGGUAAGAAUUAUUAUAACCUUAUGAUAUGAUCUGUGUUUCUGUACAAGUUAUUAGUGUAUUUUUUAAGUUGGGUUUGAGGUUUUGCAACAAAUAUACAUUGUCUUUGUGUGUUAAAAUGAUGGACUCCUUCCCCAACUUUCCCAAGUUUUCUGUGAUUGCUUUCUGUUUGCCUACUCCCUUCCCCUCACUGAUUCCUAACCUUAUCCUUUUGAAAGUUUCAUUCAAGAGUUUUUCAGCUGUUUAUGUUCAGUUAUAUGUGUGUACUAUUUUAUAUUUGUGUGAAUAGCAAGAGAGGAAGCAAUGUGUGUGUAUAAGCACAUAUGUAUUUAUGGCAAGGGAGGAAAUGAUAUUUGGAAAAUGAAAACACUUCCUUCUUGGUCUUCUCGCUAAACACAUUCAUUACUGAAAUAUUUAUAUGUUGAGACUCUCCAUUAACAUUUGUAUGAACUCGACAGAUAUUUAUUUUUGUUGCUAUUGUUGUUGGCAUGACUGGUUCCAUGCAUGCUGAACACCGCAUUUGUUUAUCAUGCUUUGAGAGAGGUGGGGGGAGGACUGUAUUUUGUUUAUAAGUGAUAUUAAGGGACUGUUUUCUUUUUCUGUUUUGUUACCCUCACCCACAGUAACCUAGUGAGGUGUGUGCCAGUGACAACUAACAAUAUGUACAACAAUAAUCAUUCUAGUCACGAUUAUGCUUGUAACAGCUUGUUUUCACAGGCUAGAUUUGUUCUUUGUAGUUUUCCUUUUCCGUUGUACCCAACAGGCACAUUUAAAAGUCGUACAAAUGAGCUUUUCCUGCAUUAACAUCUUGGCCAUAAUUUUGUUUUUCUUUGCAGCACCAAGAAGUUAAUUUAUAUCUAAGGAAGUUCUGCUGCCCGAUAUUUUUAGGUAUAUCCAUUGGUAUGUAACAUGUUUCUUUUGACACAAUAGUUAAGGAAUAGACAGAGUAAUUUGGAGGCAUUCAAGAUGGACAGAGUAUAAUUGAGGAGUGACUAGAUUUGGCAGGUUUGCAUUGUCAUUGUCCCCAGAUGUUGUACGAUCUGCAUUAUCUUUCCUUCCAAACAUCUUUUGCAUUACGUUCUUCAGAUUAGUUCACAACUUGAAAAAUUGUAUGCUUGUAGUGUGUAACUAGUAAUGUGCAAGUAAGCUGCAAGUUACUCAAAGCUAUAAUGACUCGUCAAGCAUUUGCACAGAUGCUACAAAAGGAUUUAAGACAAUUAGGGCAUAGUAAAGACCAAUGCAGUGUUGCUACUUUUGUUCAGUUGUUGGUGCAGUUUCAUAGUCAUUCUUCUAUCAGCUUUGGCGCUGGCAGCAAUGAGAUGAGAUUUGAUUCUUGUACAAGAGGUCAAGAACGCACUACUGAGUUACUUUGGUAGAGAUCAAACGAACAUGAACAAAGUGUUGCCUAACUUAGUUUUACCCGGGAUUUCAUAAGAGCAUUUAAGAGCCUAAUACAUAAAAAAAGCAAGGUGAAAGCAGGCAUGUUCUUGCAGGGAUCUGACAGCAGAAAUGUUACUGGUCAACCACACCUGCGUUUUUGGCUGUCAUCCAUAUGAACCUAAAUGUUCACUGUAAAAAAAACAAACCACAUUCCAACCAGUCACCUCCACUAUGUCCCUUAAAUAGCUGUUUCCUGAUCCCUAGCAUUCACGUAUAGAAUAGCCUCUUCAAUUUAAAAAUAAAGGAUUGGAAAUGUAGAUCUGCACCCUUGCUCUAAGCAUGUAACAUACGUUGAAAAUAAGUGUGAUGUUCUGAAUAUGCAAAACAGUAAACAUUGUUUUUGAUUAUGUAUGAAACAUAAUUUGUUCUCUGCAUGGUUGGAGGGGGACUAAAUCAUAUUUGAUGUUGCUAAUGUUGGAUUUAUGGUCUUCAAAACUGUCAUAUAAGCUCAGUUUCAGCAGCUGUGCACAGGACUUUGUACAUAUACAUUCAUUAGCAUUUAUAAGAGGGGGAAUUGCUGUAUGUUAUAUUUGUACAUAAAGUACCACUGCAGUUUUUUAAA